UUGUGAAAAUCUUAAGAUGCAAAUAACGGAAGCCUUCUGUUAUCUUUUAUUUACGAUAACAAUAACAUCAUCUUGUGUAAACGGCGAGGAUGGAACACAUGAAGUAUCGGACGGUAAAACAGAACGACGAUUAUCUAAAAGAGAUGCGGCAAUAUUUAUUGAUAACUUUCCAAUAGAACCUAUUUACAAACAUAGGCCAAAAGUUAUUUAUAGGAGAAUAUCUAAGCAACGGUAUAAGAGCCCAAAGCCCAAGUAUGGCCCACCUCAUAACAGAUACAGAUCCAAGCCAAGAAAACCCAUUAAAAAAUACAGAGGACCAGUGAAACCAAAAUACGGACCACCAAGCUACAAACGGCGUCCAACAAAACUGAAAUAUGGUCCACCAAAACCAAAUAAAUUCAAAACAAUUUAUGGUCCACCUAAAAAGUCACCACAAAAUUCAUACUUUACACAAGAACCUGCAGGGUUCGGUGAGCCCCCUACAGAAUUGAUGGUGGAUUAUCAGUCUGUAAAUCAAAAUUUUGGUGAACCACCUACGGACUCAUACGGUUCUCCUUUAGAUUCAUCUAUUAUAAAUCCAUUUGUUCCGGAAAAUCUACCUCCGCCUACAGGUUUUUCAGAUACAUCGAGCAGUGACAAUUUGGACAACAACUUCGGCCAAGACUUCAGUUCAUGGCACAAUUUUCAAUCGGAUCAAAACUUUGAUAAUAAUGUUGCAUAUUCAAAGAAAACUCCGUCAUUUGCGGGACCCCAAACCUUCGAUUUAACGGAUGAAGAUUUCAAUUUGAACUCAUAUUCGAAUAUUUAUAAAGACAGCAAAGAUUUUGCGGAUCAAGAUCCCUUUGAAAGAAAGAAAAGACCUCUUUAUAAGAAAGAGUAUUUUAAAAUCAAGACUCGAAGACCAAAACCGACUGAGUCGGACCAAGAAGAUGAAGUAUUAGUAGGAGGUCGCUACGCGGAACCACCAGCAAGAAUUGUUCCAAAACAUCGCGUUAGCUAUUCUGCCAAUUUUGAUGAUGACGAUUUCGUGCCCUUUAAAGGAUUUAUCGACCCAGAUAUUGCCAUUUCUGCAACAAUGUCACCUUACGUUAACUAUAAACACAGUAACGUGGCAUUCAGUCCACAAAACUUAAAUGAUGCAUUUAGUAUAGUUAAUUAGUAUUUAACUCUAGUAUUAAGCUAUCGAUUUAAGUUUUAUA